CAGCACAGCACCGAUGCUGGCACCAGUACGUGAUCAGCAGUCACUCAAUUUGUGAUGGUUUGAACUCUGUAGAAUACCCUACGGCAAAGGUCUUUGAAGUUGAAGCUAGCGCAUGCUUGAAGCAAUGUUUCAUGAAGUUCAAAGGAAGUGGAAGCUUAUAAAAGGAUCUGAAGGAUGGAGGCCGGAGGCAGCCAGAACGCAGAAACAGGCAAUGGUGGCGCGGUUAAGCCCCUGCAACCCAAAGUGCGCCGGAGCUCUGUGUCGUCACUGAGCGGGAGGAAAAUUGAGCAGCGCAUGACAGAAAAGCGAGCUGUGGAACUAGACCUUUUGAGACCUGAAAGCAGCGCUCGGUUGAAGGGAAUCUUCGAGCAGACUCGUUCCGGUGACCUUGAGACGCGCUUCUGUGCUUUGUGGAGAUUCAAGGACGUCUAUAUCAACAUGGUUGUGGCCAAGGGCUCCACAUUAGCCACUAGUUUUGCAGCUUAUUUGCUAGAGCAGGGCAUUUUACAAGAGAUUAUCAGAAUUCUAGACGCAGCGCAAGCAGAUGGGGACUGGUAUUCGAUACCCAGGCUGGGGACUGGCUAUACUGCAAUCUCAAAGGUUGGAGUGUGCUUGAGAAUCGUGCAAUUGCUGAUGCUGGAUGCUCGGACGGUGCGGUUUGUUCGGAAAGCCAUACCAGACCUUCUCUCCAUUGCUGAGGGAGUCUACUUCGCUAAGCCAGUCACAGCCGGCGAACCCGCUGCAAGAGGGCUUGCCACAGUGCCUUCCUACCGCCAAGAGGAGGACAAGAUGCCUGCUUUGGGCAUCCUGCUCCAGCUGUCCGUUUGGUCGAAGCAAACCAGGCCUAUAAUCUGCAACAGAAUAGCCUUCCUUCGGGGGGCCUUGAGAGACUGCAUGUCAGGCAGCGAUUUUGCGCGGGACAUGAUUGAACGGGUCAUCAUGACCUUCACGAGCCUGCUAGAGACCUGCGACCUCGCCUCCCUCUUAGACGAGCUCCUGGACGUCUGCUUUAGCGCUUUUGAGACAGCGCAGAGAAGGGAAGUGCUUGUGGCCGCUGUGCAUCUCCUCCAGAGCGUGUUAUCUCAACUGAAGUUGCAACCAAAAGAGAAUCUCCUUGGGCUAUCAGCGAAAGCCCAGUCCAAAAAGGAUUGGUAUACUAUGCAGUUACUAGCAGCAGCCACGUGUCCUGGCUUCAUGUUGGAAUACAGACCAAUGUUUUACGUGUACCUGAGCAUCUUCCAUGCACCUUUCCGGCCCUUCCUCAUCAACGGCGCUCCUGGCCAGUGCACCCCAGCGCAAGAUCAAGAGCUUCAAAGGUACUUAGCCGCAAACCCCGCUGCGGUGGCCAGAAGGCGUCAGAUCUGCAACAUACUAGCAGCUAAGCCCCCUGCCAACGUCCAAGAAAAGUCUCACCACUUUAGCCCCCACCUAGGUCCUGCAACCGCGCCCAAGCAGGCUGAAACUUCCUCUGCCUACGUCCACAAGCCAAUCAAAGAUCCCCUCGGUGCCAUGCCGGCAAUUCAUACAUACUGGUACGGCGAUGAUGUGAAGCCUCAGAGGAAGUGUUCGCACUCAAGCUGCUCCCUGAUAGAGUCAGCAUCAAGGCGUUUCAAGAUCUGUAGCGGGUGCAGGCUUGCAGUCUACUGCUCCCAAGAUUGUCAGAAGGCUGCCUGGAAGGAGGGUCACAAGAGUCGGUGUCGAACAGGAAGCAAGGAUGGCGGGAACCGUUGAGCGGUUGGGAGGUUACAUGCGGAGAUACGUGGCUACCUCACUUCAGAGUCGCAUUUCCCUAGACAACUGACCGAAGGCCCCCUAAACGAGGAGCAUCUUGGAUCAGUCGUACACUGUUGUUCAGGUAGGGCUUUUGUCAUCUCAUUGAUACCAAUAAUACUGAGUGGGCUUUGCAAGGAUUGAGCUGGCGAGAGCAGUUCAGGUGCCAAAUCCAUGCUUGAACAGCCGUCCGAUGGGAUUGAAUGGUUCGAUGCAUCCUCAUGCACACACUGGCCCUUGCCUUAGAAAUGUCUAACGAUGG